AUGGAGAAGAGUAGCAACUCUAAGUAUGUAUACUUACUAAACAAGUCUGUGUUCUCAGAGAAGGAUAGUUAUUAUACAAAGGAAGCAGAUAACACUAAAGUCCAGGAGAAGUCAGUCUAUGAUGACUCACAGUUCCCUACUGAGAAGAAAGACUUUAAAUCAGAUAUGAAUCCACAUAAGUUAAAGAGGGAUUACCAAAAAGAAACUUACGUAUGGUUUGGCACCUAUAACAAGUGGAUGUCCAGUGAGGAUAUCAUUAGGGAUAUUAGAACAUGACAAGAAGAUUCUGCCCUCCCAACAGAAUCUGCAGCUAUCCAUCUUAAAGACUAUGAUUUAGUGUUUCAGAAAAAUGGAGACUCUUCUGAGGCUGUUCUUGUCAAGAACCCUGAAAGCGGAGUAUGCCUAGUCAAAAUUUAUUUAAUAAAGAAAGUACAGAUAGAGCAUUUCAUUAAUCUCGAAACAAAGUCUAAGUUUCAAGAAGAAGUAAAAGAGGGAGAUAUCUCAAUUCUUGAUGAUAGCAAAUCCAUCCAUGAUGGGGUCAUUAAUGUAGGAGAGUUAGACCAACUUCCUAUUUACAUCAUGACUAAUAAGAAAGCAUUUGAGUCAGUUAAGAAUGUAGAGGUUGCUCCUCCGAGUGUUGAAUAUCUGAGAGAUAUGUAUAAAGGUUUGCAAGAAACAUUCACAAAUUAUUCAGAGCAGAUGCUGCUGUAUUAUUUAUACAAGAUAGACCCUGUCAGUAAAAAAUUUUCAACAGAGGAUCUUAUGAGAGUAGUUCAAGGAGAAGAAGCAGUUAAUGCUCAAAAAGUUUCUGAAGAAUCUUUCAAUGAUACUGUAAAGUGAAGCACAUGUGUUGCUGGAGAUGAAGAACUUGAUGAUACAGUUCGGGAUGAGUCAAAGAUAACAGACUCAGAUCCAGUUAUUAUCACUGAACAGAUAAAGAAGCUUAAAGAAAAUUUAGGCAUUAAAGAUCCAGAAGACAUAUCAUAUUCUGCUAUUCUAGGCAAAGCCGAUAUGAAUGACUGGGAUUUAUUUGAUCUUCCUCAGUUCAAUGAAGAGAACGCUGAUUGACAAUUUGACGAAUCUUGCCUUAAAAAGCACGAAGAAAUGAAACUCCAUCUCUCAAGAUUAGAAUCAAAUGAACCUUAAUCUCUCAAUUUAAUCCUUAAAA